AAAAAAAAAAUUGAAGCCCAAAUGGCCAUUCUACCCUUUUUAACCAAAUCUGGAAAACCCCCACCACCACCCCUACAAAAACCGCCACUUUCAAAGCACAAAGCAAAAUUCCUAGACCAAAAUGCCGCCACCACCACCACCCUUCCAUGCUCAAACCCAACUCUCUUCCUCGCUUUCACUCUCCUCACUUUUCUCAACCCGUGACCUGGACUAGGAAUUUUUUGCUACGUUGAGUGCUGAAAUGGAGCUUGCAAAAGGAAAGGGAAGUUUUAGGAGAAAAGAAGGGAAUGAGGAUUAUCAAAGGCAGAAGGAAGUGGUGGAUUUUGUGAGAAAUUCCGAGGCUUGGAAGCGAUCCGGUGGGAAAGAUCAUGUCUUUGUUCUUACAGGGAGGCAUAGUUCGAGAAAAUUUGUGGGACUUGCUGGUUAAUGAGCCUGGUGUUAUCAUGGAAGAAGGCUUCCCCAAUGCCACUGGGAGAGAGCAGUCCAUUAGAGGGAUGAGAACAUCAGAAUUCUGUUUGCAUCCAGCUGGGGACACCCCCACUUCUUGCCGACUUUUUGAUGCCAUCCAAAGCCUGUGUAUACCUGUUAUUGUAAGCGACAACAUUGAGCUGCCAUUUGAAGGCAUUUUGGAUUACACAGAAUUCUCUGUUUUUGUUGCAGGUGAUGAUGCCUUGAAGCCCACAUGGCUGAUGGAUCAUCUCAGAAGCAUUUCCGAGAAGCAGAAGGAGGAACUUCGUCGAAAUAUGGCUAAGAUCCAGCUGAUAUAUCAGUAUGAAAAUGGUCACCCAGGUGGUAUUGGUCCUAUUUCUCCUAAUGGUGCAGUGAAUCACAUAUGGAAAAAGAUACAUCAAAAAUUGCCUGUGAUCAAGGAAGCAAUUGUUAGAGACAAGAGAAAACCGCCUGGUGUAUCAAUUCCUUUGCGUUGCCAUUGUACCUGAACCAAAUCAAUUAAUUUUUGUUUAUUCAUGUAUUUUUUGCAGCCUAAUAGCUUUUGGCACGAUGCAUUAUACAAAGGCAGUUUAUUUCAUGUUUCAGGGGGGGAAUCGUUCUUCUGGUUUCACAUUUGUAAAUUUCGGGAUGCUAAAAGAGUUCUUAAACAGUGCACUCCACAGAAAUUUGCCAUUUUGUUAUCAUAAAUCAGCUUCCAUUAA